AUGGACAACGCCCCUCACUCGGACUCCACUGACUCGGACGACACUGCUCGCCAACCCCACCACCACCACCACCACUUUCUUUUCCCCCCUUCGUCCGCUAGCUCCACCCCCACACAGUCUCGCUCAACAUCGCCCCUCCCCCAGUUCUACCCCCAGCCAACAUCAUGCCCCUCAGAGUCAGACAGCGAGGAGCCCCAUUCUCCCCUUCUCAGGACACACCACUCACGCCCGCCCUGGUGGCGCGAACAGCCAAGGCGCCCCUGGUGGUCCGUCGCCCCCCGUCGCAGAGAGGAGAGGGCAUGGCGUCCAGCCAGGCUCGCUCGUCGCUGGCUCCGUCGUCUUGUAAGGCACCCAUUCUUCCCCAGCCAGCCCAUCACCAUCGUCCUGACCCUCAUCCUCUUCUCCAUCUUUGCCAUAUCUCUCACCCUUCUCCUCAUGUACGUUCUCAAUCCAGACAAGGAGCCCCUCCCAUGGCGUGCCUACUGCUCCGUGCCCUCCCUAGCACCCCCAUUCGACCGCCUUCUGCCUCCCAAUUCACCACACGUCUAUCCUAAUUAUACUAAUGUCCACACCGUGCCCCCAUUCCCCCAUGCCGACCUCGACCAGCUGCCCCCAGCUGGCAUCCUCGUUGGCGUUUUCUCUAUUGCAUCAUCCUUUGAACGCCGCAUGCUCAUGCGCUCUACCUGGGCUACACAUCCCCGCAGUCGCGAUGGCGCUGGCCAAGGCGACGGCGGUCUCAGCACUUCCCGCACUAUCGUUCGCUUCGUCUUGGGCCAGCCAAGCAAAGAUUGGGAACGUAGAAUAAAGCUAGAGAUGGAAAUGUACAACGACUUGAUUAUUCUCCCUAUUACCGAGAACAUGAACAAUGGCAAGAGCUAUACCUUCUUUUCCUGGGCUGCCAUCAACGCAUGGGUACCACCCGUCUAUAAUCCCUCCACUGUACCCCCACCCAGCUUCUCUUACUCAAACUUUACUUCUGAGCCUCCAUCACUCGCAACUCAUGAUCCCUAUCUUGCCUGGCAGGACGUCAACUCGGGCAAGCCAAAACCCUGGGUGCGACCAGACUUUGUCGUCAAAGUAGACGACGACUCUUUUGUCAUGCUCGCAGAGCUCGAAGCCAGGCUGCGUCUCGAGCUACACAACAACACUCGCUCGGAUAAACCCAAUCUACACCGCAGUCAGGAAGGAGCUACCAAUUCGAGCACAUCACUUCCGCUCACGACUGCGCGGUCACAUUCUUCCAAUCAACUCUCGGCAUCGGCUAUCGCUACCAAUGAUCCCUUGGUAUAUUGGGGAUAUCUCGUCACAAAUCGUCUCCAUAUAUUCAUGGCUGGCGAGUUGUACGCGCUAAGUUGGAGUCUCGUUGAUUGGGUCUCGAAAGACCCCAUCGUCAAAACUCUCAUCUGGGGCGCAGAGGAUAAGCAGACCGCGAAAUGGAUGAGGAUGCAUCCCCGUGCGUCCCAAGUCAGAUGGACGAGCGAACGUUGUUGGAUCUAUGACCAUCCACGCUCAGGGACCGUAUAUUCACAUGGCUAUUUAUUCCCGUCUGAAGUUACGCGUGUAAAGCACGCGAUGCUGGCCGCCCAAGAAGAAAAGGAAACGCUAGCGCAAGCGCCUGUACAGGGUAACGGCGGCAGCACGCCGACCGCUACAGUUGCUUCAGUCGGGCUGGGAGGCACACCCGCAGCUUGGGGACUUUCCAGCGUCUCAACAUUUGGCGCGCGUUACACGCCACCGCUCCCCGAUCUAUCAACGACACACAGCGUGGAGGCACUUGUGGAAGGCAGUGCCAUGUCGCUGCUCCGUGAAGGGAGCCCCAUGACACCUGAGUAUGCAUGGACGCACCGGGAGGGCCGCAAAACGCGGUAUGAAGGCAACCGUGUGGGUGGCACAGUCGUGGUGCACUUUAUUAAGAAAAAUAUGUGGUAUUUGGAGACGGCCAUCGCCAUGCUCGAGGGCGCGGAGGAAUCCGAGUCGGAGCGGUACGAGGCAGGUAAAACGACCACGCUGACUGAGGAAACGCGGUCGUACUCGCAUGCCAGCUCAAUACAGCGCUCUGGAAAGCGGCAGUCACGAGUGCAUUGA